AAAGCAUUCUCCUCUUUUUCUCUACUCUGCAGUCUAUUCUCUCGGAAAUAAAUCCUACAGCAAAAACUCAACCCUCUCAAAAAUCAAUCCCUAACCCUAGAUCCAGACACCAGCAAUUUCUCUCCCGAUGUGACGAAAUUCCCCGAAGUCGGAAUAGAAUUCAUCGAAGGCUCCGUUUGCAGUUACACCAUCUCCUCCUCGAUUCGCUAACGUCCGCCACUGUGGGUUGCUCUUCUCUAUCGAUUUCCUCAUCGGUGAUGGCAGGAAACCCUAGGCUCAGUGAGAGCAGUCGAACAAAUGCAUAAUACGUGACCAGUCUGCGAACAAUUCAAGAUCUAACGAACCAGGUUGUCUGACAAGGUAGCAAGCUCAAAGUUCUUGUGCGAAAUUGCACAUGCGAUAUGUGCGUCGAACUCGCAAACGCGGCAGUGGUGGAGCCAUCCUUUGUAGUUGGGGUUCUGACAAAGGUCGUAGCUGAAAUCGCACUGUGGAAAUAAGUGGAUUUUGAGUACGUGGGGAUGGCCAGAGGUCAUGACAGAGCUAGGCAGAGGUUGUUGUAACUUGUAACACGUCCCGCAACGGCUAUAGUAGAAUCCACUAAUGAUCUUCGUGCAAGCCUUGAUCUCACAAGGGUGGUGGAGGAUGGGGUUGCCGCCGAUGAUACAAUGGGUCAAUUUGGAGUCAGAAUGAACAGAGCGGGUGGUGGUCCUGGGCAAGUGGAAGCAGAUCUGGUAGAGGGGGAAUGAAUUGCAAGUUUUGAAGGUGCAAUAGUAUUCCCCUUACGCAAAUCCCCAUGUUGCAGCCAUUCAAGGGAAAGGGAUAAGCCAGGGAAUCAUUAAGAGGCAAGGGUAUGUGACAACUCUGCUAAUUCUGAUUUGGUGAACCAAUUAGGCUAUAAAUGUUGGUAUGGUGUCUUGGCAGGUUGGUAUGAACGAGGUGCAGGUUCUGGACUUCCACUUGAGCUUCCUCUAUGUUCAUCAUCCUUCUCUUUGGAUAUGGCUGAUGCAGGUGGAGCUUGAUGUUUGUGCAAUAGAUUGUUUUGCGUGGAGAGUGGAACUGUUGAUAGCUCUACUGUGGCUCUGGUUUAUGGUUUCCCUUCAUGGAAUAUUCCUCUUCAUUGGAGUAUGUAAUCGAUGAAAUCAGUCCCAAUAAGAUCUCACUAUUCUACAGUGAUAUUAGCUCCUUUUAGUGUGAAAUAUGCAAGCAGUCAUCAAGAUAAACUUAGUAGCUUGAUACUUCUGAAUCCUCAUGUAUGAAUCUCAACUUCUAUAGCUUCAGGGUUAGGGGGUGAGCUCCCUGUAGCAGCCUCCUCCAUGGUUCGUACUAAUGUGGCAUCAAAGCUUGUAGUCGAGAGAACAGUAGUAAACCCCCUCUUGAGUUAGACAUAGUGACAUAAAACACAGGUCAACUCUCCUUCAUAAUGAAUCGGGUUAGUUGUUCUUUUCAUCUGGAUUAUUUGUUAUUUAAUUUGGUUGGUUUUUUGUUUUCUGAUAGUCUUGUUUAUUCUACUCAUUUGAUUUCUCAUGGUGCUUUCGAUCUUUUUAGUGGAUUUUGUAUCUCGGUCUCA